AUGAGAAAGAGCAAGAAAAAAAGCAAAGAAAGACAGUCUGCACCCUUUGAAAAAGAGGGAAUUGCAGAUUCUGUGAAAGAUAUCACUACAAGCAUCCCAAGACUGCGAGAUGCGGUUGGUCUUAUUAUCAUUGUCCUGCCUACUGUGGGUCGCCUCUUCUUCAGUGGCGCAGGAACUAGACCCGCCAGAAACGGAGGCCGAAGUGAAACCCAGAGAGAGAGGAAGAGGAAAGGGGAAGGGAAGGAACAGAGACAUGAGACCUCUCAUCAGACCAAGACAGGAAGUUGUGAACGCCUCGAGUCUGACCCUGGCAAAUAUGGAGGCAGUGAUUUCCUUUCAAUUCACACAGCUAGUCACAGUGAGAUUGCAGCCAGCGCUGCCGCAGCCUCUGGACUUCCAGGGAUACCUGAUGGAGUGUCUGGAGCAGCGGAAUCUGAGAUAUCGAGGCGCCAGAUGGACACCAUCAUCCUUCUGCUCCAGCGCCUCAGCGACCGACUGGCCUCUCUCGAGACGAUACAGAAUCAACGAGGAGAGAGACUGGAUACAGUUCACUACAGACUCACACGGCUGGAACUUCAAGCGGAAGAACGUAAGAGCCUACUGAACGAACUGAGCGCUUCGAUACGGCACAGGAUGGACACCACAGACACCGAGAGAGACCGCGUUGGCGAGUCUCUGGACGAGGUCAAGACUGGCAUCAAGACUCUGGAACAGCAGGGCAUUCAACUGAAAACCGUCGUGGACAGUAUUUCUACCAAAGAAGGUCGGGAGGACACAGGCCCCACGCCCAAAUUGCAGGCAGCAAUGGCCUCUCUGUACGGUCUACAUUCGAUGACACAGAACCUGAAGCAGGAAGUUGCUGAGAUUUCACAAAAUAUGUCUGCACUUGCAAACAUUACGAGCCAAAUAAAUCAGCUCCAGGAAGGAUUGGUGACCAAGCAAUAUCUGAAACAAAGUCUGAAUGAAAUGAAGUCCCAACGUCAGUCACUCUCGUUCCCAGCCCAACAACCUCGGGCCAGACAGGGCCAGUCGAACAAGGAGCCUGAGGACUGCUGGAAGAUUCUGCAGAAAGGAAAGAAGAAGUCUGGAGUCUACAGAAUUCAGCCCAUAUACUCAACAGUUCCUUUCUUUGUUUACUGUGACAUGGAAACAGAUGGGGGUGGAUGGACUGUUAUCCAACGGCGAGAAGAUGGAGCUGUGGACUUCCUUCGUGAGUGGUCUGAUUAUAAAUAUGGUUUUGGUAACCUGGCAGGCGAAUUUUGGCUUGGAAAUGAACAGAUUCACCUCCUUACGAACCAGCAUGUCUCACAGCUGCGGAUAGAUGUAGCUGAUUUUGAUCAACUGGAAGCACAUGCAGACUACUCCGCUUUUGCAAUGGGCUCUGAACUAGAAGGAUAUUCUCUCAAGAUGUUGGGGCAAUAUACUGGAGAUGCAGGGGACUCCCUCAGAUACCACGUGGGCAGGAGAUUCAGCACCAUAGACGUUGACAAUGACGCAUGGCCGGAGGCAAGUUGUGCAAGAGACCAUGCUGGUGCUUGGUGGUACCGGGCAUGUGACACGAGCAACCUGAAUGGACGCUACCUCCACGGACCGGUUCCCCCAGAUCACGAAUACACAGGACUUUACUGGUACGACUUCAGGGGUCCUCUGUACUCCCUCUGGCGCUCUAGAAUGAUGAUAAGACGAGGUGGCAACGUAGGGGAGCCGAUCUUCAAGGACCUCAAGCAAUUACAGAAGAGCAUGACCACACCAAGCCCAAACAUGACGGAGCCGAGGCCUACCAGAACACACGAGAUCCCUGACCCCAGAGGACAUCCUGACGAAGGCUUCUACAACCCAGAACAUGAUCCCUACGCUUCUUACGACUACCCUUAUGACCCCUAUGGGUAGACCCCCAGGCGCGUUCAACUGCUCGCUAGGGCACGCGAAAAACGUUACUGUGUAGUGACUAGUAGGGUAAGGUGAAAUGCUUAGAAAGUCAAAUGCAUAAAUAGGGAGAUGAAAGUUUAGAUAAAGGACGAUUAUUGUGGUUGGGUCCGUUUUGGAAAUUUAAUGCAUUGGGUCAAGUUAUGGGAGGAUCUGUUCUUAUUUAAUUAUCAAAUUCCAUUUUUUUCUGUCCUGUGCAUGCAUUUUUUUAAAAUGAAAUAUGAGUUUGGAAUCGA